CAAGCUUCGCCAACCGCACUGAACACUCUCCACCGAGAGGGCCUCUUGUCUCGAAUCCUGACGGCGUAUCUGAACCCACGUCUCACGUCCGCUCCGCCUGCGUCACCUCAGUCACCACCAUCAUCACCACACGCACCGUCUCUCUUCUGCUCUGCCCACGCACUGCAGCCAGCCCCAGCGCCGCACCCAAUUUCCCGCCGUCUCGGUCUUGCACGCCCGCCCGCCGGCCACUCAGCCCGCUGCACCCGUCCGAUACGCUGCAACCAGGCCCUGUACCACCGCACACUCCAGCACUCGCAGUCUUGUGUCGCCCUUCGAGAAGCACCUGCAGAAACUAGCAAACGCCGCUGUCCACCGCACCCGGCCCCAGCGUUGCGCUUGUCGGCUGCCCCCUCCGGCCAUAGGUCAAAGAAUCCCGCUGUGCGCUCUCUCGCCUCUGCACCACCAUCCACAGCCCUCGAUGCUGUCACCUUCGGAGCAGUAAUCCAAAUCAUCACGUUUCUUUCGCUGCCACUAGGUUCUUCCCGAACCUCGUGCCUUUGUCGUCAAACUGGCGCAAUCUUUACGACCGCAAUUUUGUCCUUGUGAGAGUUUGGAAGAGCAGAGCAAAAAGACGGCACGCCGUGUCUACAAGCAAUUUUGGAGGGGCGUAAUGAUAUCCCGGAAACCCGAACCCACAGCAUUGUCGAUACGAACCAACUCGACCAUCUCGUCUCCUGCGUCGUCUCUCGACGAGUUCGACGGCGAGGAACUCAAGAUGGCCCUCUCAGACUGCCAGAAGGCACCAUUGACCGUCUCGAUACCGAAGAAUAUCCCCAGCCCUCACAGCCGGAAACCCAACCUGGCCGAGAUCCUCGCUAACAAUGCACCACCACCAUACACAUUAUCCUCCUU